GACGUAGUCAAGAAUCGAACGUGGUGUGUCCUGGCACGCGGGGAUGAUGGCUCAUAAAGGGAAUUCGAUCGAAAACGAAAGCAACAGUCCAACGCGCGACGACCAAAAUGAAUGACACCUUUCUGUAUUCAUUUUUCCUCGGUAUUAAUUUUAAUUUUCUUAGAAAGCAGGACCAAUGAGCUCUUGGGGCUCAUCUAGUCUCCUAUACUGUUGGCAAAGUGUGCUACUGACCCGGAAUGUCGAAGCUGACGAACCAGACAGUGCGACCGACACACCUCACCCGGUUUACACCUCAAUAGUAGUGGCAGUUACUGCUGGUAGUGGUGUUGUAAUAAUGGCUAUGAAGGUAGAUGCUGGUGAUGUCGCAUGGGCAUGGCAAUGGUGACACGUUACAACUCAUUUCUUCUGGGCAUUGUGUUUGCAUCCAUCACUUGGGCUGUAAUCCUCUACCUAUACUCAGUCAUCACUCAAGAUUCCUCAACAAAGCUUGCCACCACCAGCAAGGCCCCCUUCAUCAAUGUUCAUACACCAGACAAUAGUGAGAACUUUAUAGACUCUGAUCUUCAAAACCAAGAAGCAAUUACGUCAGAUGCAUUUUUCCUUAAAUCUUCUUCCUCUAAGAAAUAUAAUCCCAAAUUAUAUAACACUGUAAUUAAUGAUGUCAUUAUUCCAUUACAAUCAAGGGCAGAGGGUAAGAGUGCUCAUUCAUUGAAAAAUGCUUACUACUGGAAUGGGUACAAAAACAGUAAUGAUCUAAUUAACAAACUACAGCCCAAGACACUGAAGCCUGACAUAAAUGAAGUGGGGAUGAUCAAGACAGCAGAAGAUCAGGUUUUGAGAAGUGAAGGAUACAAAGUGCACGCAUUUAAUGUUCUGGUGAGCCACAAGUUGAGCUACCAUCGGGAUAUUCCUGACACCCGCCAUCAUCUGUGUAAGAAGCAAAAAUACCCUUCUCAGUUGCCAUCUGCGAGUGUGGUGAUUUGUUUCUACAAUGAAGACUACGACACUCUACUGCGGACAAUACACAGCAUCGUAGACCGCACACCUGACAGCCUCCUGCAUGAGAUCAUCUUGGUUGAUGACAAUAGUGACAUUGAUGGAUUGCGUUCCUCACUAGAAGCCUACAUAGCAGCUAACUUCACACUGAAGGUUACACUUCAUGCAACAACUCGCAGAGAAGGACUGAUCCGUGCUCGCAUGUUUGGUGCCAAGAAAGCUACUGGUUUGGUAUUGGUAUUCCUGGACAGCCACAUAGAAGUGAACUGUGAUUGGCUCCAGCCCCUUCUGGCAAGAAUUGCAGCGUCUCGAUCUACUGUUUCCGUGCCUAUUAUCGACAUUAUCAACUCGGACACAUUCGAUUACAGUUCAUCACCCCUUGUGCGUGGUGGAUUCAACUGGGGACUCCACUUCAAGUGGGAAAAUCUUCCUGUAGGAACACUGGCCAUUGAAGAAGACUUUGUGAAGCCUAUCAGGACUCCUACUAUGGCCGGUGGACUGUUUGCUAUUGACAAAUCAUACUUUGAUGAAAUUGGAGAAUAUGACUCAGGAAUGAAUAUCUGGGGAGGAGAGAAUCUUGAAUUAUCAUUCAGGGUCUGGAUGUGUGGUGGAAAAUUGGAAUUGAUUCCAUGCUCGCGUGUGGGCCAUGUAUUCAGACGUCGACGUCCAUAUGGUUCACCGAUGGGGGAAGAUACAAUGACCAGAAACUCCUUACGAGUUGCAAAUGUUUGGAUGGAUGAGUAUAAGGACUACUUUCUUAAAUUACGACCCGACGCUAGAAAUAUGCCGUACGGUGAUAUCGGCGAACGGAAGCGGCUACGAGAGAGAUUGAAGUGUCAUUCAUUCAAGUGGUAUCUGGACAAUGUGUAUCCUGAACUCACGCUGCCAACAGAUAAUGAACAGCGGCUCAAGAAGAAAUGGGAGGCUCUGGAACCGCAAAAGUACCAACCGUGGCACUCACGUCGGCGCAACUAUAUCUCUCAAUUUCAGCUUCGUCUGAGCAACACAUCCCUGUGUCUCACAUCGGAGAAAGACGUCAAGACGAAGGGCUCUUUACUCAUACUAAAAAGCUGCAUGCGCAUGAAAAACCAGAUCUGGUUCGAGACUGAUCGAAGCGAGCUUAUAUUGGCAACAUUGCUAUGUCUGGACGCAUCAGAAAAAUUCCCAAAGUUGGGAAAGUGUCAUGAGAUGGGUGGCGACCAAGAGUGGAAACACAAAGGCAGCAAUGAGACGCCUGUGUACAACAUGGCGGCUGGCACCUGUUUGACUGCACAGAAGGCUGUGUCCGGUGAAUACGCAGCGAUGGAGCUUUGCUCGUCGUCAUCUCUUAAUAAGUGGGACCUAAUUGCGACGUGAUUAAUGAUAUUACUACUACAUAGUUUUGUACAGCGGGAUUGUGAGUGUACAUGAACAAGAAAAUAAAUGUUUUGUUUCAUUUCAUUUUGUUUAACAGA